GUGGGUGUUCGUUUGCAAAUUAUAAGAUCACCCGUUGUCCGCCACUGUCGCUAGUCGGUGAAAAAACUUUGAACAGAUCGGAACGCAUUUUGUUAAGCGUUUUUCUGCGCUACUUCCGUAAGCCUUUAAUUUCUUGCAACAACAUAAUUUUUAUAUUGAGAAAUACACAGCCAUGGCAAAGGUUCCAGCCAUCGGUAUUGAUCUCGGAACUACCUACUCCUGUGUGGGUGUGUUUCAACACGGCAAGGUAGAUAUUAUCGCAAACGAUCAAGGCAACCGGACAACGCCGUCCUACGUGGCGUUUACCGACUCCGAGCGGUUGAUCGGUGAUGCAGCAAAAAAUCAGGUGGCGAUGAAUCCAAAUAAUACUAUUUUCGAUGCGAAGCGUUUAAUCGGCCGUAAGUUCGAUGACCCGACAGUACAAUCGGACAUGAAGCACUGGCCGUUUGAGGUGAUUAGUGAUGGUGGUAAACCUAAGCUUAAGGUUGAGUACAAGGGUGAGAAGAAGAGUUUCUUCCCGGAGGAAGUUUCAUCGAUGGUACUGACUAAGAUGAAGGAAACGGCCGAAGCCUACCUGGGUAUUAAGAUUGCCAAUGCCGUGAUUACGGUGCCGGCCUACUUCAACGACUCACAACGUCAGGCUACGAAGGACGCCGGAGCGAUUGCUGGGUUGAACGUGCUUCGAAUCAUUAACGAACCAACGGCUGCUGCUAUUGCCUAUGGAUUGGACAAAAAAGGCGCUGGAGAGCGAAAUGUUCUUAUCUUCGAUUUAGGGGGUGGCACCUUCGAUGUGUCUGUUUUGACCAUCGAAGAAGGUAUUUUCGAGGUGAAGUCUACGGCCGGUGACACUCACUUGGGUGGAGAAGAUUUUGAUAACCGCAUGGUUAGUCAUUUUGUUGAGGAGUUCAAGAGGAAACACAAGAAAGAUAUCUCAUCCAAUAAACGUGCCUUGCGACGUCUGCGCACGGCUUGCGAGCGUGCGAAACGCACCUUGUCAGCUUCCACCCAGGCUAGCAUUGAAAUUGAUUCGUUAUUUGAGGGUAUAGAUUUCUAUACUUCGAUCACCCGCGCUCGAUUUGAAGAGUUGAACUCGGAUCUGUUCCGGGAUACGAUGGAACCGGUAGCGAAGGCCCUUCGCGAUGCUAAAAUGGAUAAAGGAAACAUCAACGAUAUUGUCUUGGUUGGCGGUUCCACGCGUAUCCCGAAAGUACAAAAGUUGCUGCAAGACUUUUUCAAUGGUAAGGAGUUGAACAAAUCAAUUAAUCCUGAUGAAGCUGUUGCCUAUGGUGCAGCGGUACAGGCAGCCAUUCUACAGGGUGACACCUCUGACGCUGUCCAGGAUCUUCUUCUGUUGGAUGUUACGCCCCUGUCGUUGGGAAUUGAAACGGCCGGAGGUGUUAUGACGGUCCUGAUAAAGCGCAACACAACCAUCCCGACCAAACAGACUCAAACUUUCACCACCUAUUCGGAUAAUCAGCCAGGAGUGUUGAUUCAAGUGUUUGAAGGUGAACGUGCCAUGACAAGGGAUAACAACUUGCUUGGCAAGUUCGAGCUCAGUGGAAUUCCCCCCGCUCCGAGGGGAGUUCCACAGAUUGAAGUUACUUUUGACAUCGAUGCAAACGGUAUUAUGAAUGUAUCGGCCAUCGAAAAAUCGACCAACAAGGAAAAUCGCAUCACCAUCACCAACGACAAGGGCCGCUUGAGCAAGGAGGACAUCGACAGAAUGGUGAAUGAAGCGGAAAAGUUCCGCAGCGAGGAUGAAAAGCAGCGUGAGAAAAUUACCGCCAAGAAUGCUCUUGAAUCCUACUGCUUUAACAUGAAGUCCACUAUGGAGGAUGCCAACCUCAAGGAUAAGAUACCGGAGUCGGACAAAACGUUGAUCCUGGACAAGUGUAACGCUGCGAUUGCGUGGUUGGAUGGUAAUCAAACUGCAGAAAAGGAAGAGUUCGAACACAAACAAAAAGAGCUGGAGGCCGUCUGCAAUCCGAUAAUUCAGAAGCUGUACCAAGGUGCCGGCGGUAUGCCAGGUGGAAUGCCUGGCGGAAUGCCCGGCGGAGCACCGGGAGCAGGUGGUCCUCCUCCAUCGGGGACUGCCGGACCGACCAUCGAAGAAGUGGAUUAAGCCUUUCUUUUCGCUUUCGAACAUGUGAAUAAAAGACUAAUCCGAAGUAAUUUCA